GGUCCGCCCCCUGCCGGAUUCACCUCGGGCCUCCUCUGCGGCGUUCUGCGUCUCCCUGUUCGGACGCCGGACGCCGAGCCGCCUCGGAAGCUUAUGGACAUAACCGGACAGAGCGGCUCUCGUCACCGUCAUCUUCUUCUUCACCUCCUCCAUCCUCGCAUGAGUUUAGCGGCGGGGAGGGGUCACGGCGGCUCUCCUUCAUCCGGCCUCGGUGGACGCGGGCGGGCGCGGGAGCCAUGACUCUGAGCUCCGAGAUGUCGGAUGCUUCCAUCCUGUCGGAGGAGACCGACAUCGACGUGGUGGGCGAGGGGGAGGAGGCCGAGCACGGACGCCUGCCGGGCGGCUCUCCUCCUCCGCACCCUCCGCCUCAGCCGUGCCUGGACGCGGGCCGGGACGCCUACAGCAGCAAGCCGUCCGCGGGCAAGAACCCCCUGGUGAAGCCGCCUUACUCCUACAUCGCCUUAAUCACCAUGGCCAUCUUGCAGAGCCCCAAGAAGAGGCUCACCCUCAGCGAGAUCUGCGACUUCAUCAGCAACCGCUUCCCGUACUACCGGGAGAAGUUCCCGGCCUGGCAGAACUCCAUCCGGCACAACUUGUCCCUCAACGACUGCUUCGUCAAGAUCCCGCGGGAGCCUGGGAACCCCGGCAAGGGCAACUACUGGACCCUGGACCCGGAGUCGGCGGACAUGUUCGACAACGGGAGCUUCCUGCGGCGGAGGAAGCGCUUCAAGCGGCAGCAGACGCAGGACUUGCUGCGGGAGCACGGCGGCUUCCUCCCGACGGCGGCGGCGUACGGCUACGGAGGCUACGGCUGCGCGGGGUACGGCAUCCAGCUGCAGUCCUACCACACGCACUCGGCGCUGCUGGCCUUCCAGCAGCAGCAACACUCCAGGCACGCCGGGACUCUCAUCCCUGCUCCCCCCUCCGUCAUGCACACCGGAACCUCCUCCGCGGACCGGUCCAGGACCAGGUUCUAUAACCCGCAGCUCGGCGCGACCAAGUCCCCGGUGCAGAGGUCGCCCUUCUCCAUAGAGAGCAUCAUCGGGGGCGGCUCCCUGAGCCCCUCCAGGACUUCCCCGGUCGUCGUGCCGGUGCUGCAGCCCUCCUCGCUGGGGCCUCCCGCCGCCGUCUUACACCCGCUGGAGAACUUCCCCAACCGGGGGGUGAGUUAACGGCAGAGAGACUCAAAAAGACACACACACAAAAAAACACCCGGUGAAGGACAUCUGCUCUCAGGAUUCUCAUGAUCACGUGUUGUUGAACAAAUGACUCCAAAAUAAUCAUGUUUUUAUUAUUAAUAUUAUGAAUUAGUUUGGCAAAUCUCAACACUUGGAAGCUUUUUUUGAUUUUUAACUUUGUAAUAAAAAAACAAGAAAGAGUAAAAAAAAAAAAAAAAGUCAUACAUUUAUAAUAUGCAGUGUCAUGUGUUUAUUUCAGUAAUAAAAUGUUACAUUUUUUGGA